AUGAUGACGAAUUUGUCUCUUACAAGAGAAGGAGAAGAAGAUCAAGAAGAGGCAGAAGCAAAGAAGCCAUUAGAAGAAGUGGAGAGAGAGCACAUGUUCGACAAAGUGGUGACUCCAAGCGACGUCGGGAAACUAAACAGGCUCGUGAUCCCGAAGCAACACGCAGAGAGAUACUUCCCUCUAGAUUCGUCCUCAAACGAGAAAGGUCUGCUUCUAAACUUCGAAGAUCUCACUGGAAAGUCUUGGAGGUUCCGUUACUCUUACUGGAACAGUAGCCAGAGCUAUGUCAUGACCAAAGGCUGGAGCCGUUUCGUUAAAGACAAGAAGCUCGACGCCGGAGAUAUUGUCUCUUUCCAGAGAUGUGUCGGAGAUUCGGGGAGAGACAGUCGUCUGUUUAUCGAUUGGAGGAGAAGACCUAAAGUCCCUGACCAUCCGACAUCGAUUGCUGCUCACUUUGCUGCUGCUGGAGCUUUGUUCCCUAGGUUUUACAGCUUUCCGACAGCAACAGCUUCGACAAGUUACAAUCUCUACAAUCAUCAGCAGCCACGUCAUCAUCAUCCCAGUGGUUAUAGUUAUCCUCAGAUUCCGAGGGAAUUUGGAUAUGGGUAUUUCGUUAGGUCAGUGGAUCAGAGGCAUAAUCCUGCGGUGGUGGCUGAUCCGUUAGUGAUCGAAUCUGUGCCGGUGAUGAUGCACGGAGGAGCUCCAGCUCAGGCCGCCGCCGGGAAGAGAUUGAGGCUGUUUGGAGUGGAUAUGGAAUGUGGCGAGAGCGGAGUAACCAACAGCACGGAGGAGGAAUCAUCAUCUUCCGGUGGGAGUAUGCCACGUGGCGGUGCUUCUUCGUCGUCCUCUUUGGUUCAGCUGAGACUUGGAAACAGCAGUGAGAAUGAUCACUUCUCUAAGAAAGGAAAGUCUUCAUUGUCUUUUGAUUUGGAUCAGUAA